AUUAAAGUGUGCUUUGUAUUUUAAUUAUUUCUGUUGACUUAAAUUACGCUAGGCCUCGUCCUUGCCUGAAGCUUUCGGCGGCCGCCUUUACUACUAUGCUCAUGCAUUUCGCUGCAAAGCGGCUUCUGCCGCAGACAUUGGUGACUGCCCCGAUACGUCGGACGUUGGUCGCUAGGCCUGUGGCACCGUGCUCUUGGUCCAAGCGCGACGAGGUCCUAUCCAACUGGGACGCGCUGCGGGCCAACCCGAACGAAUGGUAUGACAACCGCAAACGUAAGACCAACCCGAAAGCGCCCGACUUCGUCCGCAAGGAUGACCGUUCCGUGGCUAUUUGGAUCGACGGUCGCGACACCCCUGGGUGGUACGAGGAGUUCUUGGACGAGCUCGAUUCUCGGCAGGGUGGCCAGCAACGUGGCGAUCGUUUCGGCGGAGACCGGCCCGGCGGCGAUCGCAACGACCGUCGCGCUGCUGAGAUGGCCAACUGGGAGUCAUUACGCAACAACCCAGAAGAGUGGUUUGACAACCGUAGCCGCAAGACUAACCCGCGGGCGCCUGACUUUCGGCGUAAGGACGACCGGGCUGUGGCUCUCUGGAUCGACAGCUAUGGUGCUCCUGAAUGGCUCGAUGACCUGCUACACGAGCUGGAUGCCCGCCAGUCGCAACGCUCGUCCGGCUACUCGCAGCAGCAGCAGGGUGGGUACCAGCAGGCCCCCGAUCAGUACGUGGAGGACAAGAGGGCGGCUGAGAUGGCCAAGUGGGACUCGCUCCGCAGCAAUCCAGAGCUCUGGUUUGACAACCGCCGUACCAAGACCAACCCUAAGGCCCCGGAUUUCAAGCUCAAGAGCGAUCGUUCGGUGGCGCUCUGGCUAAGCAGCUACCAGCUACCCGACUACCUCGACGACCUGCUGGCGGAGCUGGACGCCCGGUACGAUCAGCGCAUGAAUGGUCAGCAGCAGUACUACCAGCAGCAGCAGGACUACCAGCCCUACCCGGAGCAGCAGCAGGGCUACGCGGACUACCAGCAACAACAGCAGCCGCAGCAAUCCUACCAGCAGUCCGACUCGCGGGAAGCUAAGAUUGCCCAGGAGCAGGCCAACUGGGAGUCGUUGAGGAACAACCCUGAGCAGUGGUUCGAUAACCGCUACACCAAGCAGAACCCCAAGGCACCGGAUUUCAGGAAUAAGGACGACCGCUCCUUGGUUCUUUGGCUCACCAGCCGGUCGGCUCCCGAGUGGAUCAACGAGCUGCUGCCUGAGUUGGACGCCAGGUAUCAGCAGCGUGAGGCGUCACGGGCCUCCAACAGUGGCUACGGCGCCGCCCAGGAGGCCGUGUACUGAGCAGGUCCGCCCGGGUCCCGGAACCCCUUGGUGUUGUUACAAGGCGAGGUGGUGAUAUGAUAUAAUCCCUGAAAUACUCAUGAGAUGGAGGAUCAGGCAAUGCCUGUUUAUUCCAUUUCAACAUUUCCUUGGAUAUUGCAGUGUCUGUGACUUACGCCUGCUGUCUCGCUACUUCGUUGCCUCACCGUUCGGUAGGGGCGGCCUAGGCUGUGCGCUGCGAUUUGGUCCCGGCAGCGUCCCUCCUUAACAACGUGGGUCGCCUUAGCAAAGUGCCUGCCACGAAUGCUUAGCUGGGAAGACGUUGGAUAAACAGCGUAAUUGGCGCUGCUGGCGAAAUAUAUGUAUACUUUGGAUAUGGCAGCAGUUUUGAGCAUCUCACAGAUCGUCAUAGCUGGAAGUUACCGUUUGAAGCAAUGCGCCAGGGAGAGGAGAAGGCUUCGAGCAAAGUAGAAGUGUCGGAGCCUGGCCCUUUGGCAACGCUGUCCAAACAUAGUGGCAGUGGGGUGCGUCUGUGUGGAUGUUUUUCGCGACCAAGAUGUGCAAACGAUGGGUAUCUUGUGCUGCACCAAGGACAUGUGGCUGCAAAAGAAGACAAUAGCACUUUUGCAAGCUGGCAAAAUGUUAGUCGGUCUGUCUUGUUUGCUUGACUCGGUUCGCUGCAAGGGUGCAGAUUGGUGAUGGUUCGUGUUCGUAGGUUGCGUAAAGAUGUGUCGUUCAAUUGUGUCCUAUAUCUUUUUAAUAUCACACUUUACUGGUUUGCCGGGGUUAUUCACUUUGGAUGCGUCGAUUAUGUGCGGUACUCGUGGUCCUCUGCCCAUUAGCUCGGAAAACCGUUGUAACGGAAGAAUCGUCGAAACAAA